UACAAACACGUGCUCACACUAUGCUGAAAGCGUGGCUAAUUCACACCUCUGUGCAACAGGCGUUCAGGUGCCGAAAGUUUCCACGUGCCCGUUUGCUCUGUUGUUCAGUAAUGGUCCAGCAGAUCUUGAAACCCGUAAUAGAGAAGAAACGGAGAGACCGGAUUAACCAGCGUUUAGAUGAGCUGCGAACGCUUCUCCUGGAUAACACUUUAGACUCGCGACUUCAAAACCCCAAACUGGAGAAGGCUGAAAUUCUGGAAUUAACUGUUGAAUACAUUCGGACAAAAGCCACAGCUGCGAGAGAUCGUCUAGGCGACUCUAACAAAGACUCGGACCCUCAUGAUGCUAACGCUCCGACUCUGCUCUCAAGGAGACCCCACGUACCCUUCGCUUCAGUCCCCGAGUCUAUCAGUGUCCAGAAGCAGAUGCCCUCCAAUCCUAUCUACAAAGCUGGUUUUAAGGAGUGUGUCUCCCGCCUGGCCAGCUUCAUCGAAUGUGUAGAGCCUUCCCAGCGAGACGGCUUCGUUCAGGGCCUGUGUCACCACCUUGACUCCUACAGCAGUACUCUUUCCCAGUGUAGAGUUUCCAGCCAAGCUGCCCACCAUCCGUGGAUCCCAAAUGCAGAGUUGACAUGCAGGACGGACGUCCCUGCGAUAGGACACAUGAGAGCCAACGCUGAGCCAUUUUCCUACACCAAUAGUUUGUAUCCUCAAUCUUUUAUGCUCCAUCCCACAGGACAGGCCAUGCCACAUCCCUACCUCUCCCCUCCAUACUCCCUCUCUCCUCCACCCUCUCCUUGUUACUCAAGCAGCUCUCCCACAUACAGCAGCUCUCCCACAUACCUCUCUGUCCCCUGCCAUUUCCCUUUCCCUCCCACCAUCUCUCCACUCUCCAGUGACUCUUCCUCAUCAUCUUUCAGUCUCUCAACCCCUGCCGUGCCUAUAGUUCCAGGACCUCAUGUUCAGGUGGGCUCCCCCACUCGAGUGCGACCCACUGGCUCGACUCCCUCUUGCCAACCCCGGACUCUGAGACGAGCUCUGUUCCACAGCCAGCCACAGUCUGUGUGGAGGCCCUGGUGAGCAAAACCCAAAACACUUAGUGACUCCGAGCAACGUCUUCCCAUCAGAUCUCCCUUCAGGCAUUGAGGAGGCUUGUGGGCUUCACAUGGAAAAGAAAUGGACGCGAGUGUCCUGUGCAUGAGUACAAGUGAAGGCGAGUGAGAAACAUUAGGAGCUCUGUGAUAAUCACACGUGACUCGGUUGUUAUUAUUGCUCAUGUAUGUGUGUGCAGUUUUUGCUUUAACUCAAUUCCCGCUAUCACAUUUUUUCUUUGUUCUGCAUCCUACUUUCCUAUCUGAAAUU